AUGGCUUCCACCCCGACCCCUCAACCUCCACCCCCGCCCAUCCCUAUCAAAGUUGCCGCUCGCAAGCUCCCCGUCAAGCGAAAAGCCCCCGAAACCCCUUCACCUUUCCCUAACCCUAACCCCCAUCUCUCCCCCAAACUCGAAGCCGCCGACGAUGACGACGACGUUGACGGCGAGGACAUCGAGGCUGAGGACGAUCUCCGCCCUCCUCCCUUCAAAUUCCACCGCAUAUGGCCGGAAUCCGACGAAAUUCGCUUCCUCCAGGGCCUUCUUGAUUGCUCGGCCGACGGUCUCACCUUCCCCCGGGAUCUCCACCUUUUCUACGACCGCUUCUCCCAGUCCAUGCCCCAGCCCUACACAAAGUCCCAGCUUUCGGAGAAGCUUCGCCGUCUGCGGAAGAAGUUUCGUGUGAUAUCCGCUCGAAUUGCCCGUGGCCUUGACGCUUCCCUCCUCACACCUCACGAUCGCGCCCUUUUCGAUCUUUCGAAGCAGCUCUGGCAUCCUGCGUUCGCCUCGUCUUCUCCUUUUCUGUCCAAUAACAAGAGGAAGCCCCCCGCUAAGGUUAGGGUUACCGCUACCUUAUCACCUACCCCUUUGGCGGCUCUUCCUCCUCCCAGCAGCGCCAAUGUCAACGAUGCCGAUAACGAGGAGGAUGAUGACAUUGAGACUAACGGGGUGAAUCUUGAGACCCAUUCCGCUGGCGGGCACGAAGAUGAACCGGAAUUGCCGGGCUCCGCGGUUACCGGGAGCACCAGCAGAGGUGGGCUUGGUCGUCACGCCGGGAAAACUAUCUUGGAUGUGUUCGAUAGAUCACUCAAAGAGGUUCGAAUGGUUCUUGUCCGUCAGGGCCUGCUUUAUCCGGACGACAGGACGACUCCGGCUGAUUCUUCUAAGCAGGACAAGGCUGCUCACUUAACAAAGAGGUGGCGUGAGCAGCGGGCAUCCGAGCUGGAUGUAUUGGCUCGUCGUUUGAGGUUGGUUCUUGAACAUGCGAUCCGGCAGCAAUAA